GGUGCUUUGGAAAGGCUUCUAGCCGAGGCUCAAUCAUCAAGGCAAAAAGAACUUGAACAAGCUUGUACUACCGCUUUAGAGAAACUUCAACAAGAAAUAAAUUAUAUUGCUAAAAAGAAAGCUAUAAAAGAUGGAAAGUUAAAGGCAAAGUCAGAAAAUGAUGCCGCCGAAGUUACCCCACAAAUAAACAAUUCUGAAAAUGGGUCAAUACCAAAUAAUAAUACCAAAAAUAACGCACCGCAAACAUCAUCUUCUACCGAUGGAUCUGCUGGAGAAACAAGUCAAAGGGGUGCUGAAAAAGCUGCUGAGAAGGAAUUAAAAGCAGCUAGCCCCACACAAAAAAGUUCUCCAAGCAUACCGUCACAAGCUAAUUCACGUUCAUCAAUCUCUAGUAGUUUGUUUGCUCGUGCUGGUGAAGAUUUACCAAAAAUUUUAGCCGAUAAUUAUUGGCAACCAUUCAGAAUCGCUUGUGGUACUUCAAUUCCAAAUAACGUUCGUGUGUUAGCUUUAGAUUGUUUACAAAAAAUUAUAGCUCAUGGAUUGCUCAAGGGAUCUAAACCGAUUGUUCCACCAAAGAAUAGUAUCACUAAGAAACGUGAUCCCAAAGCUAAAAAUCAAACAAAUGGUUUUAGUGAUUCUAAUGAUUUAUCAUUUAUUGACAUAUCUGAGACUCCAUUUGAAAAUGAUGAGUCUACUGAUGGUGUUUCUACCACAAAUUCUUCUACUUUUCCAAAUCCGGCUCGAUUAAUUGAUGAUGUGGUUCAUACAGUUUGUAUAGGAUUUAUUGGUCCUCAAACUGAUCAAACCGUUCAACUUCAAAUAUUAAAAGUAUUGCUUACUCUUGUUACCACUGAACAAUGUCCAGUUCAUGGUAUUAGUUUACUUAAAAUUAUUCAAACUUGUUGUAAUAUAUAUUGUUAUUCAAAAAGUCAAGUAAAUCAAGCAACUGCGAAAGCCGAAUUAACUCAAAUUUCAAAUUUUAUUGUUUCGAGGUGUGAAGAAUUCGCACUAGAAUUAUCUAAAAGUGAACUUUUAAAAAAUUCUGUAGAGAAUGAAAAGGUCAUAAAAGCAGAUGCUUCUGAGUCAAAAGAGCCAACAAAUAUUAACGGUGAAGUUCUUGUUACCAAGGAAUCUAGUGGCAAUGACUUUGCAGAUGCUAAAAUAUCUGAUCAUUCGGAUGAUGUUAUUGAAGUAAUUAAUAUUCCUGCAAAACCGGAAACGAUUAUAAGCGAUACUACUGAUAAUGAGUUGACUAACAAAGAGCUUGAAGAUGUUGAGAUAGAGAAAACUGUGGAGCAAUUUACAAAAGAUGACCAAGUUAAAAAUGAUGUGAAGGAUGAAUCUUCAAAAGACGACCAAGUUAAAAACGAUGUGAAGGAUGAAUCUUCAAAAGACGGCCAAGUUAAAAACGAUGUAAAGGAUGAGUCUUCAAAAGAUGACCAAGUUAAAAACAAUGUAAAGGAUGAGUCUUCAAAGGACGACCAAGUUAAAAACGAUGUGAAGGAUGAGUCUUCAAAAGACGACCAAGUUAAAAACGAUGUGAAGGAUGAACCUUCAAAAAAUGAUCAAGUUAAAAACGAUGUGAAGGAUGAUUCUUCAAAAGAUAUUCAACUUAAUGACGAUGAGAUAAAUAUUAUUCGAGGCCGAUCACUGGUUUUAGAAUUAAUCUUAUCAAUGUUGGAUAAUUCUGGACCUGUAUUUCACAAUGAUGAAAUUUAUAUUAAGUUAAUUCGACAAGCACUUUGCGUUUCUUUAUCGCAAAACGGUGUGUCAUCUAAUGAACAACUCUUUGAACUUUCUUUGUCCAAUUUUCUAAUGUUGUUGCGUUAUUAUCGUGCACCGUUAAAGACUGAAUUGGAAGUUCUAUUUAAUGAAAUAUAUUUACGUUUUUUGGAUAUGAGUAACGCGACAUAUCUGCAAAAACAUUUAGUAUUGCAAGGUCUUAUGAAGAUAUGUCAAAAAUCCCAAAUUCUCUUAGAUAUUUACUUGAAUUAUGAUUGUGAUAUCGCAAUGGUUAGUGUAUUCGAGCGCAUUGUCACUUCAUUGUCAAAAGUUGCUCAAUUACGUACAAAAAUUCCAAGUAGUUCUGGUAUGUCAAGUUUAAUAGGUGGUGGUUCUGCAACUGCAGAAUUGGUGGCUAUGCAAGACAAAGUACUGAAAAUUAAAGGUUUAAAAUGUAUGGUGGCUAUUGUAAAUUCUUUAAUUGAAUGGUGUAAAGAUUUGGAACGAAGAAAUGGUAAUGAAUCUACUCCAUCACAACAAUCAUCGCAAAAUCAAACACCGGAUUUUAUUGAAGAUAAAACACCAGUUAUUUUCUCAAAAAAUCCUUUAUUAAGUGUCAAUUUUUCAACCUCACACUCCAAUUCAAGUGUUAGUAGUAUUUGUACUGAUGAUAAUGAAGAUAAUCCUGCACAAUAUCAUGAAAUGAUGUCACGAAAGCAAACUUUACGAGAAGGAAUUAAAUUGUUCAAUGCGAAGCCGCAGAAAGGUCUUAAUUUCUUAAUUGAACACGGCUUUGUAAAGAACGAUACUGAUAGUAUAAUAGCUUUCCUCUUGUCGACUGCAGGAUUAAAUAAAGUGUCUAUUGGUGAAUAUUUAGGAGAAGGUGACCAGGAAUCGAUCAAAGUUAUGCACGCAUUUGUUGAUCGUAUGGACUUUGCGGGUUUAGGAUUUGUCGAUGCUUUAAGGUCGUUUUUACAAACUUUUCGACUUCCAGGCGAAGCACAAAAGAUUGAUCGUAUCAUGGAAAAAUUCGCAGAUCGUUAUUGUGAAACUAACCCUGAUGUUUUUGCAAACGCUGAUACUGCUUAUAUUCUCGCUUAUUCUGCAAUUAUCUUAAACACAGAUCAACAUUCUGCCAAAGUAAAACGUCGCAUGGAUAAGAACGAGUUCAUAAAGAAUAAUCGUGGUAUAAACAACAACAACGAUCUUCCUGAUGAAUUCUUAGGAGAAAUAUUUGAUGACAUUGCAAAUAAUGAGAUCGUGAUGGAAGAAGAACAGUUCUCAGAGGUGGCAAAAACUGCGAUCAGUCAUGCCAAUGAUCGAGAACGUCAAGAAUUGUAUGAACGCGAAAUAUCUCAGAUGCAAAAAAAGAGUCAAGCACUUUUAAAAAGUAAUAGGCAAGGUCAAACUCCUGCUGCUUGGCGAAGUGCAUCACACUCAGAUCACGUUAAACCGAUGUUUGCUGUAGUUUGUUGGCCUUUAAUGGCUACUCUCAGUCUUGUAUUUGAGGAGGCAGAUAAUCCUUUAUCGAAUGUCAACAAAGGUCUUGAUUUUUCCCAAUCAAAUCAAGAAGCAAUCGAACUAUGUCUCGAAGGAUUUCUUGGAGCUAUCCGAAUAAGCAGUAUAUUUCGUAUGGAUGUAGAACGUGAUGCUUUUGUUUCCUCUUUGGCCAAACUAACUGGUUUAAAUCAUGUCGAUGAGAUGAGACAGAAAAAUGUAGCUGCCAUUCGAACAUUACUUUCUGCCGCCAAUUCAUAUGGUGAAGGAUUGCAAUCUUCAUGGCUUAUAGUAUUGAAAACUGUGUCUACCAUGGAACGUUAUCAAUUAAUCGACAGUUCUACAGGAUCGGUUGUUUACAAUGCGGAAGGAGUUAAUGGAUUGGAUUAUUCUACACAAAAUGGUCGUAACGAAACAUCUACUUCAAAUCUGUCAUUAAAUUCUUCAUCUACAACUCGUCAAAAUACAAAUGCAACACGUAAUAAUUCUAUUAGCGGUUUGAUGAAAGAAUUUCAGUCUCAAAGCACGAUAAUUGCAAUAGAUAGAAUUUUCACAAACAGCGUUAAAUUGAGUGGUGAUGCGAUAGUACACUUUUUUACUGCUCUAUGCGCCGUUUCUCUCGAAGAAGUUAAUUCUUCAAGAUCAUCACCAAGAAUGUUUAGUCUCCAACGGAUAGUUGAAAUUGUAGGAUGUCAUACAAACCAUAUAGUUGCCACUUUUGCCAUUGAUUCUCUUCGACAAUUAAGUAUGAAAUUUUUAGAAAGAGAUGAAUUGUCUCAUUAUAAUACUCAAAGCGAAUUUAUGAAGCCAUUCGAACAAAUCAUCAAGAGCAGCCCUUCCCCAAACAUUCAUGAUCUCAUUAUACAAUCAAUUAUUCAAAUGAUUUCUGCUCGCGCGAGAAAUAUAAAAUCUGGUUGGAAAAGCAUUUUUGUGGUAUUUGGUCGUGCAGCGUCUGAUGAAAAUCCACAAUUAGUAGAAACGACAUUUGAUGUUGUUAGGUUGGUAUAUCAGAAACAUUUGGACCUUAUAGGACCAGCAUUUGUGGAUUUUGUAAAUUGUUUAGUGGAAUUCGCAUUUAACUGUAAAGAAAAAGAAUUUGUCAACGAAUCCAUCAGGAUGUUACAAGGCUGCGUUAAGGUUUUAGUAAAGGACGUGGACAAUUUAACAAAGAGUGAACAGCGGAAAGAGAACAUUAUUAUAUUACCAUCAACAGCUACACCAGAACAAGUUGCAGCAUCCAAAAAGAAAUUGCAGCACAUCGAAGAAGAACAAUUUUUCUUGAAAUGGUUUCCUGUUGUAUCUGGCCUUUCGCGUCUCGUAAUUGAUUCAGAAUCUGAAGAUAUUAGGAAUAAAGCUUUGGAAACACUCAUUGAGAUUUUGAAAUCUACAGGACAUUUAUUUGAAAUAAAUUAUUGGAUUAAAAUUUUUAGGAAUGCUAUAAUUCCUAUAUUUGAAGAUCUCAAAGAACCUACAUUAUCACAACAAUCAUCAACUAGUGAUAGGAGACCUGAGGCAACUAUAGAAAUAUGGGUUCAAACUAUUCGUUCUAUGGUGGAACUUUAUGCACUCUUUCAUGACAUAUUUGCUACAAAAUCGGAGUUUUUAAUAGAAUUGUUAGAUUUACUGAUUGCUUUAAUUAAACGUAGAAACGAAAAGCUGGGGCAAACUGGGAUCCGUUGUUUCCACAAUCUGAUAUCGAAAAAUGGGUCGAAGUUUGAUAACGUCACGUGGGGAAUUGUUACAACAACAUUAGAAGACAUUUUUAAAUGGACGACUCCAAAUGAACUUUUGGAGUUCGAAAUAACGGCAGUUGAAGUUGGUGACAAUGAAAAGAAUGAUACAAGAAGUAUAAAGAAUGUUCCAGUAGGCGGUGGAACUCCAUUAAUGAAUGUUCAUUCUACUAACGGAACUAACGAUUCAACAAAUAUACAGAUACCUGAUAAUAAUCCUCCGUCUUUCACACCUGACCAAAGUAAUUCUAAAACUGAUAUAGAUUUUACAUACACAGUUAUAAAGUGUGGAACUCAACUUAUUGUUAUCCAAACUGUUCAAGACCUUGCAUUUAAUGAUAAAGGACAAGUUAGUUAUCUUGUUCAAAUGCCAGCAGAGUUCCGGAAUAGAUGGCUGAGAUGUCUAUAUAAUUCUUAUAAAUUUGCUCACGAUUUCAAUGCAAAUCAUGAUCUUCGUCGGUCUCUCUUAAAAGCAGGAUAUGUUCAACAAUUACCUAAUCUUACAAAACAAGAAACUUUAUCGUUAUCUGUAUUCCUCUCAAUUCUUUAUGAUCUAUAUCGAACAUUUGGUGAUAGUGAUCAAGAUUUAUUACAACCUUUGGUUGAGGAAUCAACACUUGUACUUCGAAAACUCGUUAAAUUAAUGCACGAACCAUUAUCAAAUCAACAACAGAGAGAAAUGAACAAUUGGUCACCAUUGGUAAUUACAGUUCUAAGAGAAUUAACUUUUUCUGAAUCUCAAGAAGAAAUAAAAAAACUUAUACAAGAAUUAAAAGAAAUACAAGAAUUAAAAGAAAUUCAAGAAAAUGAAUCUCAAGAAAUAAAAAAGCUUAAACAAAAAUUACAAGAGAAGCAAGAAGAGCUUUUUUUUGAAUCUCAAAGACUUCAAGAAUUGAAAGAAAUAGAAGAAAAAAUACGAGAAAAAAAUACAAAGAAAUUAUUAAUAGUCUACAAGAAGAAAUAA